AAAAGCAGACAACAUUACCAUCAAGUAUCUCAAUAAAUCAGUGCGCAGAAAUGUCUAUAAACAUACCUAAUUCAGUUAUUUUAAAUGCAUUUGCUAGGAACCACUUUCAGCUUCAAUAUUUAAGUUAUUUUCAGACAAUUGUGGAGAAAGUAUAAAUAAAUACUUGCACUGUAACCCAGUUAAUGUGUGUUAUUGAAUGCUACUUGUGCGGCAGCCAUAGUAACAUAAUUCCCUCCUUUUUAGACACUUCAAGAUGCCACGCGCAGGAGAGUGAGAUUAUACAAGACAGAAAAAAGGCCCUCAGGAUUUUGUUUCUAACAAGAACAUAUGGCUUUUUGGUUGGGGAUUGUUGUAAUUCUUGUUGGUUUCCUUUUUUUGUGAAGUGAUACCAAAGCAUCAGUAGUCUAGAAGUCUAAAGUAUCUGUUGAUGAAAUACUUACUGAUGUUCCUGCUGGAGAUGCAAAUAUUUGGCUGGAUCGAUAAUUAUGUUUUGUGGAAACAUAUUUAUGUAAGUUACGCUCCAUGGUUUCCUCCUGCUUAAAGAGCCUGAUCUCAUCUUACAUAUAUAAGAUUUGCAAAGGAAUGUUUACAAAGAAAUUGGGAAAUAGUACAAAAAGGAAAGAGAGUUGUCAGAGCAAAAAGGAACAAGAUUUAACUCCAACUGGACAAACAAAGAAUCCAAAAUUUUCAAAUACUUUAAAAAGCACCGUUAAAAAGAUUGCCAAGUGUCCAUCUGCUCGCAACUUAUCAACUGAAGAAGAGGAAAGUAAUAGAGAAUUUUCUCUUUCUCCAACAUUCAGUUACAGAGUUGCUAUCGCCAAUGGACUGCAAAAGCAUGUUUUUGUAACAAACAAUAAUAAUGAAGAUUUAACACAAGAUCUGUCUUCAAAUGAUAGUUCAUAUUCUGAUUCAUUAAGUGAGGUAAAAAGUAAUAGCAAGAAAAACGAGUACUUUUCACACACAAUGCCUGUGAGACGCAACAGAAAGAGUUUAAGCAGCCUUGCAGCAUCUGAUGGAAGUUCUGAUGGAGAACGUACUUUACAUACACUAAAGCUUGGAGCUCUACGCAAACUGAGGAAAUGGAAGAAGAGUCAAGAAUGUGUCUCAUCAGACUCUGAACUAAGUACAUGGAAGAAAACAUGGGGCUUGAGAAGUAAAUCGCUCGAUAGAACUGGCCGUCACCAGAAAUCAAAUACUCUUGAACCUGGCUUCAGUUCAACAGGCUGUAUUAGUCAAACCCAUGAUGUCAUGGAAAUGAUCUUUAAAGAGCUUCAGGGAAUAAGCCAAAUAGAAACAGAACUUUCUGAAUUACGAGGGCAUGUAAAUGCUCUGAAACAAUCAAUUGAUGAAAUUUCCAGUAGCGUAGAAGUGGUGCAAAAUGAAAUUGAACAAUUGCGAACUGGAUUUGUACAAUCCAGAAGAGAAACUCGAGACAUACAUGACUACAUCAAGCAGAUAGGCCAUCCAGGAAACAAAGCAAGUCUUAGGUUUCUAAAUGUGCCAGAAGAGAGACUUGAAAAAACUGAAAACAUAGUUUACAAAAUACUAAUAGAAAAAAUGGGGUUCUCAGAGGCACAAAGCACUAUUAAAAUUGAGUUUGCCCAGAGGCUGGGGCAACAAAGAGACUGUCCAAAUGCAAAGCCAAGACCUAUUCUUGUUUACUUUGAGUCAUCACAACAGAGGGAUUUGCUUUUAAAAAAGUCUUAUAAACUUAAGGGAACUGGUAUUGGAAUUUCUACAGAUGUUUUUUCACAUGACAUAAAAGAGAAAAAAGAAAGAGGGCUGCCUUCUUCUCAAACUUACGAGAGUAUGGAUAUGAAGAUUUUACCUGUGGAGACAAAAACUAAAAUGCAUGACUGGGAGUCACCUGAUAGCGAUAAAGACAUGGAAUCAGAUAUAAAUAAGAACAGUUAUGCAAAGGUAUCUAAAUCAGCACUUCAAAUAAAAGCAAGCACUACAAAGGGGAAUGUUGAGUCCCCAGAUCAUAAAGACCUUAGCAGAACUGCUGAUAAUAACACCUUUUCAAACAGAAGGAAUUAUGAGAGUCAAUCACCAGAAUUUGACAAUGUGGAAAAGCAACCAAAGAUGUAUUAUUCAGACAUGACUCCUCUAUGGCAUUUGCAGAAUGACUUUGCUGCACCUAAACUUAGCCGUUCAGAGUCAGAUUUCUCAAAACUGUGUCAGUCCUACUCUGAAGAUUUUUCAGAAAAUCAGUAUUUUAGCAAAACAAAUGGUAGUUCAUUAUUGUCUUCCUCAGAUCGAGAACUUUGGCAGCGAAGGCAAGAUGAUUCUGCCAACUGGUAUGGCAGUUCUCAGGAACAGACUUUUGCACAAGAUGCACAACAGUAUACAGAGCAAAAUGAAGUAGAGAAUACAGAAACUGUUGACAGUGGAUUAAGCAAUGGAAUAAUGUGUGUAUCUAGAGACAGAAGCCACUAUAGUGAUUCCCAGCUUUCUUUACAUGGUGACUUUUCACCAUGGAAAGAUUGGAAUCAGUUGGAACAAGGGGCGGAUUUGGGUCUAGACUCAUCUACACAAGAAGUUUUUGUGUAUGAUAUGAGCAGUCCUUCAGAUCAACAGACAGAUUUUGGAAAGUGCCAAAGUUCUGACCUACAGUAUGAUACUGAAAGCUAUGAUUUUACCCUUGACGGAACUUCUCCAUCAUGUGCAGGCCUUGAUAGUGAAUCACAAAGUCAGUGGACUGGUCAAUAUGACGAUUAUCAGGAAACAAAUUCUAAAUCACCUUAUCAGAAUCAAAACCGAUUGCCUAUGAUGUACCGAAGUCAGAGUGAACUACCAAGUGAUGACUCAGAAGAAGCAGCCCCUAAGUCAUGGCACAGUAGAUUAAGCAUAGACCUUUCUGAUAAGACUUUUAGCUUUCCUAAAUUUGGAUCUACACUUCAACGUGCUAAGUCAGCAUUAGAAGUUGUCUGGAAUAAAAGUACACAAAGUUUAAGUGGAUAUGAAGACAGUGGAUCAUCUUUCAUGGGAAGAUUUAGAACUUUGUCUCAGUCUACUGCAAAUGAAUCUAGCACAACACUAGAUUCUGAUGUUUAUGCUGAGCCUUAUUACUACAAAGCAGAUUAUGAAGAAGAUUUAAUUGAACCACCUGGUGAGAAUGAAACAGACUAUGUUGAAGUAAUGGAACAAGUCCUUGCUAAACUAGAAAAUAGAACAAACAGUAGUGAAACAAGCGAGCAGGUCCAAGAAUAUGAUCUAGGACAACCUCCAUGUGAAAGUCCUUAUACAAUACUUCCAGAGGAACAGUAUGAUGGACAGUUUGAUGGUUUGGUCAGUGAAGAGGUACUGGAAGUUGAAAGUGACAUGGAUGCUCAUGUGGAUGCUCACGUGGAAAUAAGGGAAGAUGAAAAUCAGAAUGUCCAAGAGAUGCUUACUGAAGCUCCAAAGAAAAAAAGAAUACGCCCGUCAUUCAAAGAAGCUGCUUUAAAAGCAUACAAGAAACAAAUGAAUGACUUGGAAGACAAAAUCCAUUCUGAAGAUAGCGGUUCUGUGGAUGAAAAGGCUCGGAUAGUAAGUGGAAGUUCCUUGGAUACUUCCAAGCUAUAUGCAAUCCAGGCAUUUAGUGGAUCUGGCCGUGGACUAUAUGGAAUUGAUAGUAUGCCAGACCUUCGCAGAAAGAAAUCUUUCCCCAUUGUUCGAGAUGUGACACUUGCAGCUCGAAAAUCUGGUAUUUCUAUGGCCAUGCUCAUCCGGACAUCAAUAAACAAUGAGGAAAUGAAAAUACAUGUUUUCAAGAAGACAUUGCAGGCCUUGAUCUACCCAAUAUCAUCAACUACACCUCAUAACUUUGAAGUUUGGACAGCAACAACUCCUACAUAUUGUUAUGAAUGUGAAGGUCUACUAUGGGGCAUAGCCAGGCAAGGAAUGAGAUGCACAGAAUGUGGUGUUAAAUGUCAUGAAAAGUGCCAAGACCUCCUAAAUGCUGACUGUUUGCAGAGAGCUGCUGAGAAAAGUUCCAAACAUGGUGCAGAAGAUAAGACACAGAACAUUAUUAGUGCUAUGAAGGAAAGAAUGAAGAUCAGGGAGAAAAACAGACCAGAGGUGUUUGAAGUGAUCCAGGAAAUGUUUGAUAUUUCCAAAGAAGAUUUUGUACAGUAUACAAAAGCAGCAAAGCAAAGUGUUUUGGAUGGGACAUCCAAAUGGUCAGCAAAAAUAACUAUCACAGUGCUUUGUGCUCAGGGCUUACAAGCUAAGGACAAAACUGGCUCAAGUGACCCAUAUGUUACUGUGCAAGUUGGCAAAACCAAAAGGAGAACAAAGACUAUUUUUGGAAACUUGAAUCCAGUAUGGGAUGAGAAAUUCUAUUUGUAA